AUGGCAUCCCCCUCCUGUGACUAUGCAGGCUACCUGCAGGUUUCAACUGAGCCCUUUCAGAACACAGGCCCUACAUACUACAUGGAAUUGUAUGGAUGGACGUUGUAUUACUGGGCCGAAAAGAGCCACAAAUCUACUCAAAAACCAAUCUCCUGUUUUGAUAUACAAGAUUCGGUGAUUGCCGAAGUCCCUGGUAAAAAGCUAGCAUGGUCAGUACGCGGCCCAUACAUUCACGUUCCGGUUUUCUUUACCGCGAUUGCUGAGCGAGAGAAAAAGGAGUGGUUGGAUAGCAUGCAGCACAUCCUAACCGAGCACACCAUACACUUAGAGGUGGAGCGUCCCAUCACUCAAAGUUUUAGGAGCUUGGAGAGGAGCAUGACCAUAUUUUCACUUGAUCCAAGCGAACACGUGACGUUGGAUCAUUUUGAGCGCAUAACCAUACUCGGUAAGGGUGCUUAUGGCUCAGUUUGUCGUGUUCGGCGAAUCGACACCGGGGAGGAAUACGCCAUGAAAAUCAUGAACAAGGAAUUAAUCGACUUCAAAAACGUCUCGCUUGAGCGAUUUAUCAUGGAGCAGAUGGAUCACCCGUUUGUCGUCAAGCUACGGUACGCGUUCCAGACCGAUAACUACCUUUAUAUUGUGAUGGACUUGCUAGGUGGGGGUGAGCUUUUUUACCACCUCUGUAAUUGCGGAACAUUUGAUGAGGAACAUGCCAAAUUCUAUGCCGCAGAGAUCGGCCUCGCAAUAGGAUACUUGCACAGCAACAAUAUUAUCUACCGUGAUUUAAAGCCAGAGAAUGUUGUCCUGGACAAAGAUGGUCAUUGCUGCCUGACGGAUUUUGGUCUAGCCAAGGCAAACAUUAGCGCCAACGCGACCACAAACACCUACUGCGGGACUGCGGAAUAUCAAGCACCCGAGAUUUUGUUAGGUGAAGAGCACGGGCAUGCGGUGGAUUGGUGGUCAUUGGGUAUUAUGCUGUACGAGAUGCUCUACGGCCUUCCUCCGUUUUAUAACGAAAAUGAAAAUAUCAUGCACGAGAACAUCCUCACGCAAGAACUUAGUUUCAAUCGCUUUAACAUCACCAUAAGCCCCGAGGCAGAGGAUUUGUUAACUAGACUAUUAGAUCGUGACCCGACUAAGCGGCUGCAAGACCUGGAGGAAUUUAAGCGACAUUCCUUUUUCAAAAAUAUCGAUUUCAAGUUACUUUACAAUCGAAAGAUUCCAGCGCCUUUUAUACCUGACCCGAAUACCGAAAACAACUUUGAUUCGAUUUUCACGGCACAGACGCUUGUCAUGGAGGACGACACCGCAGCCUACACUAGUGCACAGAAUCAUGUGGAUGGCUUUACAUACAAUUUCGGGCGCCAAUUAAAUUAUGAAUGUGAAUCCAGAAACAUAUUUGGCGCGAAUGACCAAACUCCAUUUGUUGCCUCUCGAAAUGCCUCCCCGAUAACAACCUUAUCCAGUCCUGGUUCUAUGCGAUCAAGCGACGUGAAGUUUUCGACGCUCAAGGCGCAUUCUCCUAUUAAUAAUGGCUCAUCAUCGCGAUCAUUGGGUCCAUUGACAACGAUGCCGCCUGCGCGGACUCCAUUACACGCUAAAGAAAAGAGCUCUACUUCCCCAAGAAGUCACCACACGCCGACAUUACUCAUUAAACGAGGUAGUAAUCCUAAUGUUGAUAUCACGAACACCUCGCAGGUUGGGUUGAAACGAAAAUCCAAAGUAGAAAAAUCUCCUUUAUCGCACAGCAUCACAAAAAUUAAGAAGUGA